AUGGAGGCGGUCAGCGCCCCCGAGAUGCAGGCCCUGCACCUGGCGGCCGAGAGGCAGCACGGGUACUGCCCCGCCGCCGCCGCAGCGCACGGCGCGGAGUUCGUGGCGGAGGCCGACGGCGUGCGCCUGGUCCCAGCCUUUGGGCCGGAGCUGGAGAGGCUCGCGGCGGCCGAGGAGGCCGAGCUCGGCGUGCCCUUCGCCGAGCGCCGGGGCGAGGGGGCCCUCCAGCUCACCGACGAGGCCCUGCUGCUUGCAGGUGAUCGCGCGCUCAAGAGGGCCCCAGGGAUGAGGGCAGAGGAGUGGGUGUCGGUGGCUGCGCGCGUGGAGGGGACAGUAGGUGCCCUGAACGCGCACAUGCACGAGGCAACCACGCGAGGUGGCGUGGCCGAAGCGGUACAGCUCUUGGACGACAUGCGUAGCAGGGCUGCGCAGCCUGACGUCGUGACGUACACCACGCUGGUGAAGGGGCACGUCCGCAAGGGAACCGCCGCCUCCGCGCGAAGCGCGGAGGCACUGAUGGAGCAGGCGCUUGCGGAGGGAGUGCGUGUCGAUGUCAUGGCUUGCAGCGCAUUGCUCGAGGUCUUCGCGAAGGCGGGCGACUGCGAUGGGGUGCGGCGCUGGGUCGGCAAGAUGAGCCAGCUGCGGGUGCCGCCAGACGGACGGUGUUAUGCUUUGGCGGUGCAGGCUUACGCUCAGGCAGGGCAGCUGGACGAGGCCGAGCAGUGGCUGGAGCGCGCAGACCGCGAGCGCGUCAGCGGGCUCAAGCCGCACAUUGCGCUGCUGGGCGUGCACUCGCAGAGCGGCGACGCGGAGGCGGCCGAGCGGAUCUUCCGCCGCAUGCUGAGCAGGGGCCUCAGCCCAGACACUCAGUGCUAUAACCUGGUGCUCGACGCCUGCUCUCGCGGCGGCAGGCCCGACCGUGCCGAGCACUGGCUGUCGGAGCUGGAGGCAGGCCCGGGCCCGGACGUCUGCAGCUUCAACUUCGCCAUGAACGCGCACGGGCACGCCGGCGACGGCGCGGCCGCGCGCCGACUGCUCGGGCGCCUGCUCGAGCGUGGGCUGCAGCCCACGGCACACACGUACGCGGCGCUGGCCGUGGCGCCCGAGCGAGCGGGCGGCUGGCAGGAGGUGGAGGGGCUGCUGCGGGAGAUGCGCGCGGCCUCGCUGGGGACGGACGCGCGCAUGGCCUCGAUGCUGCUGUCCGCGCACGCCAACGCGGGCCCCGGCCGCUCCGGGGCCGCCGCCGAGGCCUUCCGCGGCCUCCCAGCGGAGCACCGGCGAGACAGGCGGGUCCACGCCGCCCUCCGCAGGGCGCUGGGGAGGGAGGAGGCCGCUCGCGUCAUCGACGCUGGCCUGCGCCAGGGCGCCUCGUGA